AUGAAGACGCUGUCCUCUGCCAGUUUCACCUCAGCCAGUUCAGUAACAAACCUAACCAAGGCCGGUCGCCGGAGUAGCAGCAUCGUGACAAAUGUUCACGAGCCACCGCACCCUCCAAAUAUGAGCUCUCAGGCAGAAAUAAGCAGCAGCAGCCGAGCCAAGAUGCCGGAAACAUCUGUUGGAGAGUACACCAAGUUGGAAAUGGUUAAGGUUGAUAUUGAUAACAACAUGCAAGCAGAUGGAACUCACAUUGGCCUUGUCUCACCUGAAAUGCAAAAAAAACGUGUACAAGACAUUUUGAAACGCAUUCCGCCCGGAGCUGAAUCUACAACUGUACUUGUUGGUUGUGUAGAUUUUUUGUCCAAACCUGCAAUGGCCUUUGUACGCUUGGCUGAAGGGCAGGUUCUGUCCAAUCUGACUGAGGUACCAUUACCAACGCGUUUCAUCUUUGUAUUGCUUGGCCCCGAGGAUGGUGGAAUGGAUUACCUUGAAGUUGGUCGAUCUCUUUCCACCUUAAUGUCCAACCAGAACUUCCAUGACGUCGCAUAUCGAGCGGAAAGCAGAGAAGAAUUCUUACAUGCCAUCAACGACUUUUUAACAGAAUCGAUUGUCCUUCCUCCCGGUGACUGGGACCACAAAACCCUUUUGCCAAUCAUGGAUAUGGCCCGGAAACGAGCACAUCUUCGACUUAGAAAAAAGCAGAAGCAGGUAGAAAAAGAGGCAUUGUUAGAGACGAAAGGAAAGGUUCCUACAGAUCCGCUCCUACGAACUGGGCGUCCCUUUGGCGGUCUCAUAAAUGACAUAAAGCGACGUUACCCUUACUACAGAAGCGAUAUAACUGAUUCCUUUAAUCUCCAGUGUCUAGCUGCCUUUGUUUUUAUAUUCUUUGCUUGUCUUUCACCAUGUAUUGCCUUUGGGGGUCUGCUAGCGGAAAAAACAGAUGGUCUUAUGGGGGUUACGGAAACAGUGCUGAGUACCUCUUUAUGCGGACUUAUAUUUGGUCUGUUCAGUGGACAGCCCCUUAUGAUCCUUGGAGCGACAGGGCCUGUUCUGGUAUAUGAGCAGUCUUUAUACAAGUUCUGUGAAAGCAAUGAAAUUGAAUUCUUGCCAAUGCGUUGCUGGAUUGGUUUUUGGGUCACUGUGAUAGCAGGUGUGGUUGUGGCACUCGAAGGAAGCUUUCUUGUCCGUUUUGUCACAAGAUUCACUGAGGAAAUUUUUGCCAUUCUAAUUUCACUCAUUUUUAUCUACGAAGUGAUAAAAAAAUUAACAGAUAUUUACCAAAAAUACCCACUAAUCGCGGACUGUGCAUCUUGUUGUCCAAGCAUCGUCUUACCAAGCCUAAACAGUAGUAAUUCCACAACGUCAGCUUCCGAAAUUUCUUAUUCAUUGUUUAAUUCAACAAUUAAUUCCAAUGGGGGUCAUAGCCACAGCACAACAGAGGCUAGUGUCGGGACAAAAGCCCGUGAACGUUAUACAAAGGCUGCAAACCAACCAAACACGGCUCUGUUGUCCACCAUAUUGGCCCUAGGAACCUUUUUUAUUGCAUAUUUCCUCAGGAUUUUUAGAAAUAGCAAAUUUCUUGGAAGAAGUGCCAGACGAGCUCUUGGUGACUUUGGAGUUUUAAUUGCUCUUGUUGUGAUGGUUCUCCUUGAUGUUUUAAUAAAGGACACCUGUACACAGAAACUUGAAAUGUCUGAUCAAUUUGCUCCAACUUUUGAAGAGAAAUUAAAGGUUGUUUGGCUGAUAUUUGCUUCUAUUAUUCCUGCUUUUCUCAUCUUCAUUCUUCUUUUCAUGGAAGUGCAAAUCACAGAAACAAUUAUGUCCAAGAAAAUGCGCAAAGGCUCUGGUUACCAUCUGGACAUGAUGUUGGUCAGUAUAAUGGUUAGUGUUUGUGCAUUAUUUGGUCUGCCUUGGAUGUGUGCAGCCACUGUCAGGUCAGUUGCCCACAAAUCUUCUCUCAGUGUUUUCAGCCGCACACAUGCCCCAGGAGAAAAGCCAAAGUUACUUUAUGUCCAAGAACAACGACUUACAAGUAUAUUAGUCAGCAUUUUGAUAGGUGCAUCUUUAUCAUGGGGUCCCCUCUUUCGAGAGAUUCCCCUCACUGUCUUAUUUGGUGUCUUCCUUUAUCUUGGAGUGUCCUCAAUGAGUGGUGUACAGAUGUAUGAGCGAACCAAAUUGCUUUUGAUGCCUGUCAAACACCACCCCUCAGUUGGUUACGUUCGAAGAGUGCGUACAUUACGGAUGCAUCUUUAUACCUUCACACAACUGUCCUUAUUAGUUGUCCUGUGGGUCGUCAAGUCCACGGAGGCUGCUCUUGCCUUUCCAUUCCUGCUUAUUCUUUUAGUGCCCCUCCGAUUAAAGCUUCUCACCUUUAUUUUCACUGAGAAAGAACUCCAUGAAUUAGACAAAGAAGAAGAAGAUAGUGAAGAAGAAGAAGAUGAACCUGAUUUUUACCAACUGGCCCACAUGCCUAUUUAG